AUGUUGGGCUAUCAACUUAAUGGAAAGCCAGAGAUAAGGCCCAUAGACACAUUUAAAUCCGAAGCUAACUUCACUAGACCAGAGUCAAUUGACUGGAGAGAAAAAGGAGCAGUAUUUGGAGUUAAGAAUCAAGGACAAUGCGGUUCAUGCUGGGCUUUUAGUACUACAGGUGGUCUUGAGGGUCAACUUGCCAUUCAUCAUAAACAAUACAUUCCUUUGAGUGAGCAAGAAUUAGUGGCUUGUGAUAAAGAUAAUUAUGCUUGUGUAUGUGGUUGGAUUGACGUUUCCUAUGCGUACGUACAACAAAUUGGUCUUAGUUCAGAGGAGCAGUAUCCAUACCUUGGCCAGGGAACAAGUGUAGGGCCAAUUUCGAUAUAUGUCAACGCUAAUGAUGAUUGGCAGCUCUAUGGAGGUGGUGUUUUCGAUGACAUAGACUGUGACGAUCUAUUUUUUCAUGCGGUUCUAAUCACAGGCUACGAUUCUCAAUCCUGGACCAUCAAAAACUCUUGGGGAACGGGAUGGGGAGAAGAAGGAUACAUUAGACUUAUUAGGGGUAAAAGUCAAUGCGAUGUCACAGUAUUUCCCAUAUACCUUGUACUGUAA